AUGCAAAAAGAAGUAGAGAUUUAUAAAGAUCUAGCUGAUAUUCAAGGCAAGUAUAUCCCAAAGCUGGUCUGUUAUGGAUAUUAUGGAGGAGGUAUGAGCUUCGUUAUCGGCUUGACCAUUGUUGGCACUAUGUUGAGCGAUCAAAAAAUAAAGAAACGACAAAGGUCAAGAGCUAUUAAGGGCUUAGAAGCGAUCCACAAGCAUGGCAUCCUCCAUAAUGACAUUCGGGAGGAAAACGUCUUAAUUAAUGAUAAUGGUGACGUCUAUCUGAUUGACUUCGCCGAGAAUGUUAGGCGUGAUGUUGAAAUUGCUGAGAUUAAGGCUGAAGUAGUGAAACUAGCCGAAGGUGCUCAGGCAAGAGACGAUAACGAAGAAAGCAAACAGUUAACUUCCCGUCAAUCAGAGGUUAUUUCUAAAGAAAUGAUUUCAGGAUAUGAUCAGGAUACUAUAGAAGGAGGAUGUGAGUGA